ACAGGAAAACUGUCUGACUGACACGUAGUAUAACCAAUCACAAUUCUUCACGGCAACAGUUCGGUUUGGGGGGCGGGUAAAUCUGAAUUCGAUCAUAAUGAUGGCACAGGGGUCUUCACAAAAACCGAAUACUGUAGUGGAAGAUCCGUGUUUGCUUUGUGGUCAGGAGUUCCAUCAAUCCAAAACGAAUAAGCAUCGGCUGUUUAACGGAUACAAAUCUAAAAGCAAAGCGGAAUUUACCGUUGUGCUGGAGGGAUUUGUUGGACGCAAAUUUAGGGACACGACAUUGGCCAUCUGCACGUCGUGCAGAACUCUCGUUAUGAGGUACGAUCGCGUAUCUAAAGACGCAGAAAGAAUAAAAAUGCUUGUUAAUGACAUGUGGAAGAAGAACAGGGAGAAACGCUGUGCUGCUUCAACACCUAAACUAGAAGUGAAGCGACAACGCAAACUGAUCGACACAGCAACAACAACAACAUAUGAUGAUGCCUGCAACACUGCAUCCGACUCUCUACAGCCCACCGAAGGAGACAUAUCUGCAGCUAAGGAGAAUCUCAAAACUGAGCUAAAACCGCUGCAGGAAAGGUUGCGAAUACUCGAAGAGUUAAAAAGGACAUUACAUGAAACUGCAGAACAUAUUGUGUUUCAGACCCAAAACAUAGAAAAGCAGAUUAAGGAGGAGUUUGUAAAACUUCACAAAAUGUUAAGUAAAGAAGAAGCAACCAGAAUAAAAGCACUGAGAGAGGAGGAAGAGCAAAAGAGCCUGAUGAUGAAGGAGAAGAUUGAAAGAAUGGGAAGAGAGAUUUCGUCUCUUACAAUCACCAUCAAGACCAUAGAGGAGGAAAUGAGAGCUGAAGAUGCCUUAUUUCUACAAAACUAUGAGACUACUAUGAAAAGGACCACAUGUGUGUUGCCGGAUUCUGAGAACAUUUCAGGAUUGCUGAUCAAUGUGCCAAAGCACCUGAGCAACCUGAGGUUUAAUCUGCUACAAAAGAUGCAAGAAAAGGUUGAAUUCUCUCCUGUGAUUUUGGACCCCAACUCUGCUCAUUGUAAUCUCAUUCUGUCUGGUGAUCUUACCAGUGUGAGAUACAGUGAUGAGGAACAAAUAGUUCCUGAUAAUCCAGAGAGAUUUGAUAUGUUUGCUUGCGUUCUGGGCUCGGAUGCCUUCGACUCGGGAUCUCACUGCUGGGAUGUUGAUGUUGGAGACAGCACAGGCUGGUUUCUGGGUGUAAUGACAGAAUCCGCUCACAGAAGAAAUAAAAUCUUCUCAAGGAGUGGAAUCUGGCUUGUGGGACAUUUUUGUGGUGAAUAUAAAGCACAUAUUCCACCACAAUCGCCAACUCUUUUACCAGUGAAAGACAAACUACAGAGGGUCAGAGUUCAGCUGGACUGGGACAGUGGAAAGCUUUCAUUCUCUGAUCCUCUAACAAACACACACAUACACUCUUUUACACACAGGUUUACAGAGAGAGUGUUACCAUUUUUUGGUAUUGGCUGUAAUAUUUCUCCUUUGCAGAUCUUACCAGUAAAUUCUCAGGAAAAAUCAGUUAAUGUUUAAUUUUGUAGUCAUAUAAACAUUAUGAGGCAUUGGUUUUACAAGCCUUAACAUAAAAUUAUGAAUAAAGUCUUUGUCUGCUGCAAUGUGGCAUUGCUGGUUAAGAUGUACAGUAUGUUCAGUCAUAUAUAUACAGUACUAUGCAAAAGUUUGGCCACCAUCACCAGCUUUGUUAUUUUAAGCAAUGUUUUAAUGUCCAUCCAUAUUUAUUUUUCACUCUAAAUGUCUUCUUCAGUCAGUAUUUAGUGUAACCUCUCUUGGCACGAAACACAUCUUGAGCUUUUUUGAGAAGACUGAAGUCAUUCGAUUAGAAUUAGAAAUUAGGAUUUAAUUUCAUUUAGGUUUAGGAGAUCCUGCAGCUGCCUCAAGUGGAAGAGUUUACCCUAAAUACUUGACACUUCAGCUUAUACUUUUAUACAGUUUUUAAUACUACAUACACAUUUCCUGUAUUUUCUGGUUGUAUUCUAAUAAAGAGACUGAGAAAUAAUUAUAUAUGAUCACUAUACAAUUGCAAAAACAACACAUGUAAUAGUAGCAUGGUGGCCUAAGACUUUUGCACAGUACUGUGUAUAUAUAUAUAUAAAAUACUUAAUCUUGUAUUGUGGAUUUUAACUAAUAUAACUUUUA